AUGGCAGCACCACAGAGGCCGAGUACGAAGGUCACGGCCUCCGCGUCCAUCCCGGCUACGGCGCGUGGAACGCACGUUUUGACGAUCGCCGGCUACAGGCUGCACAAGGGCCUCGGCAUCGGUAAAUUCGUACGAUCAGCCACCUUCGCCGUCGGCGGUUAUGAUUGGUGCCUUCGUUACUACCCCGAUGGAUUCAGUGCGGACACCAACGACUAUGUAUCAGUCUUCGUUGAGCUCCAGAGCAAGAAAUCCACGGUGAGGGCGCUGUACGACCUGAGGCUGACUGACUGGGGCACCGGGUUGUCGUCAUUGGUUAUCUCCCGGCCGUCCUCCUUCCCGGCGUUCGACUCAGGCAGGAACGAACAUCUCAGGGGGGUUUCCAAGUUCAUGAAGACUGACGUCCUGGAGGCAUCCCCAUACGUGCAGGAUGAUUGCCUCUUGAUCCAGUGUGACUUGACCGUUCUCCUCAAAGAAAUACCUGCCAUGGCAAUCGCCACCAAGACGCCGGAAAUCGAGGUGCCGCCGUCCGACUUGUUGGAGAAUCUGGCAAAACUUCUGGAGGCGAACAAAGGAGCAGACGUGAUGAUCAAGGUCAACGGGGAGACCUUCCAUGCGCAUAAGAUCGUGCUUGCGUUGCGGUCUCCGGCCUUCGAUGCGGAGCUCUAUGGGCCAAUGGGGAAAAGCGAGAAAUCUUGCCUGCAGAUUGAAGACAUGCAGCCGGCUGUUUUCAGAGCCUUGCUGCACUUCAUCUAUACAGAUUCACUGCCCGCCAUAUAUGUAAAUGACAACUAUGACAACAAGGAGAUGAUUAAGCUCUUGCUCGUGGCUGCAGACAGGUAUGCCAUGGAAAGGAUGAAGCUGAUGUGCGAGAGCAUUUUGAUCAAGAGUCUCGAUGCCAAGAGCGUCUUGGCCACAUUGGCUAUAGCUGAACAACAUCAUUGCAGCAAGCUCAGAGAUGCGUGCGUUGAGUAUAUCAAGCUCUUCUCUUAG